CGCAGUACGUACUGUACAUCCGCCGCGUACGUACGCUACCUAAUUUUUAGUACAUAACAUAUUCUGUGCAUUUUGACUGUCAACGUCAAGGCCUAGGCUAGAUUUCGGCCCGAGUUUUGGGAAUGUCAUCUUCAAAAUAAAGUUCUAUUUCACUAUUUGUUGCAGGAUCAGCUUUGUUCUUCAGUUGCCACAAACAUGGAUGUUCCAUUAAUGGGAGAAUUGCUGCCAGACGGAUAUCAUCGAUUUGAACUGAAUAAAACGUCAUGGGAAGUACCCAUCCGCUAUCAGAAAUUGUCGGCUGUAGGCGCGGGGGCCUAUGGAUCAGUGUGCUCGUCCCUUGACACAAAAAAAGGCAACAGUGUUGCAAUCAAGAAGCUCUCCCGGCCAUUUCAGUCUGCAAUCCAUGCCAAGAGGACGUACCGUGAGCUGAGACUACUCCAACAUAUGGACCAUGAGAAUAUUAUCAGCUUACUGGAUGUCUUUGGCCGUGGGGACACGAUGGAGACAUUUCGUGAUGUGUACAUGGUAACGCAUCUCAUGGGAGCCGAUCUCAACGGUAUUACUAAGUCGCAGCGACUCACCGAUGAACACGUCCAGUUUCUUGUCUAUCAGAUCCUGCGGGGACUCAAGUAUAUCCACUCAGUGGGCGUGAUCCAUCGAGAUUUGAAGCCCAGCAAUUUGGCAGUCAAUGAAGACUGUGAACUCAGGAUUCUUGACUUUGGACUGGCGCGUCAAGCUGACGACGAGAUGACAGGAUACGUAGCCACGCGAUGGUACCGCGCACCAGAGAUCAUGCUGAACUGGAUGCACUAUACCAACACAGUGGACAUCUGGUCCGUGGGCUGCAUCAUGGCAGAACUACUGACUGGGACUACACUCUUUCCUGGAACUGAUCAUAUUGAUCAACUGAAUCGCAUCAUGAACUUAACUGGUACACCGGACGAUGAACUCAUAGCGAAAAUCAUGAGCGAAGAUGCCAAGAAUUUCGUCCGAUCGCAGCCCUACAAACCCAAGAAGGAUUUCGACACGUUCUUCAUUGGGGCCAACAGAUCCGCCGUUGAUCUGCUCGAGAAGAUGCUUAAGUUGGAUGUGGAUGAACGCAUCACGGCAGAGGAAGCGCUGCGACACCCUUACGUUGCCAAGUACCACGACGAGAGUGACGAACCCACGGGCCAGGUCUUCGACGAUUCCUUCGAGCCGCAAGAGUUCACAGUGCAACAGUGGAAAGGGCUAAUAUUUGAGUUGAUCCAGACCCAUCAGCAACAAUGAGAAAGCAGUUCCUCAGACUCUUAACGGAGAAACUCUGUGAAUAGUGGCAACAUCUCUUGUACAUGUACUCCAAGCCAACCUCCAACCUUUUUUGUUUGUUUUCAGACUUUUUGUUUUGGAGCCGAGUAAACUUGUUGGAUUGCUAGUCAGUUGUGUUUGGAAAAUAUCUCAUGCUCUAGCAAGCUGAAAAGCCUCAUAUAUGAAAGUCCAUCUUGGUCACUGUUGCAGUCGAGUUUUUUUUUUGACGAUUCCUCAAGUUUACUGAAAUAUAAUGUGGUAGUGUAGGAAGCAAACCCUAACGACCCAGGCUGUGCUCACUGAGUAUUUUGAAUGAGUGGAACUGUGAGGGUUUGGAUGCACUGCUUGCCACAGUCAUGGAAGAAUUGUCCACUUCUUUUUAAAGCUACGCAGGACUAUUUGUAAUAACCCG